AUGUCAUCUGAAUCAGCUCCAAAAACAAUACUCAUUACUGGUGCAGCAGGAUUCAUAGCUUCCCAUGUCACCAAGCGUCUUGUGUCGAACUACCCAAAUUACAAGAUUGUUGCUCUCGACAAGCUUAACUAUUGCUCGAGUCUCAAGAAUCUUCAGCCAUGUUUCACAUCUUCAAACUUCAAGUUUGUCAAGGCAGAUAUCGCAAGUUCAGAUCUCAUCAACUACCUAUUGGAUGCAGAAGAAAUCGACACGAUUAUGCACUUUGCAGCUGAAACCCAUGUAGAUAAUUCGUUCGGAAACUCGUUUGAGUUCACUACAAACAACAUUUAUGGAACCCAUGUGUUGUUAGAAGCUUGCAAGGUCACUAGACGCAUCAAUCGGUUCAUUCAUGUGAGUACAGAUGAGGUCUACGGCGAAUCGGAUUUAGAGACAGAUAUAGGGAACCCUGAGGCGUCGCAAUUACUUCCCACGAAUCCCUAUUCCGCUACAAAAGCUGGUGCAGAAAUGUUGGUGAUGGCGUACCAUAGAUCUUAUGGGCUGCCGAUCAUCACAACAAGAGGAAACAACGUUUAUGGCCCAAACCAGUUCCCUGAGAAGCUCAUACCCAAGUUUGUUUUGCUCGCGAUGAGGGGUGACCCUUUGCCAAUUCAUGGCAACGGAUCGAAUGUGAGAAGCUAUUUGUUUUGUGGGGAUGUCGCGGAGGCGUUUGAUGUGAUACUUCAUAAAGGCGUGAUCGGACAUGUUUAUAACAUCGGGACAAAGAAGGAGAGAAGUGUGGUGGAUGUAGCUAGAGAUAUCUGUAAUCUUUUCGGGUUUGAUAUCGAAAAAGCAUUACAUUUUGUAAAUGAUAGGCCAUUCAACGAUAAACGAUACUUCUUGGAUGAUCAAAAGCUCAAGAAACUAGGGUGGGAGGAAAGGACUCCAUGGGAAGCUGGGUUAAGGAUGACCAUCGCAUGGUAUCGUGAGAACCCUGAUUGGUGGGGCAACGUCGGGCAUGCGCUUCACCCUCAUCCUCGGAUCUCAAUGAGUGUUCCAUCACAUACCGAGGAAGAGUUCUUGAUGAUGCAGUAUACAACUUCGGGGAUCUCGAAAAGCGAGCUUAAGUUCAUGAUCUAUGGCCGAACGGGUUGGAUAGGAGGACUCUUGGGAAAAAUAUGCAUGGAGAAGGGGAUCCCUUAUGCCUAUGGGCGAGGAAAGCUUGAAGAUCGAAAGAUGUUGUUAAACGAUAUACGUAGUCUACGACCUACGCAUGUGAUCAACGCGGCUGGUGUAACAGGAAGGCCUAAUGUGGAUUGGUGCGAAACACAUAAGCUCGAAACCAUUAGAACAAACGUCGUUGGAACCCUAAAUUUAGCCGACGUUUGCCACCAAGAAGGUAUUUAUCUGAUGAACUUCGCUACCGGGUGCAUAUUUCAAUACGAUAAAGAUCAUGCUCAGGGUUCAGGGCGCGGAUUCAAGGAAGAAGAUGAACCUAAUUUCACAGGGUCGUUCUACUCCAAGACAAAGGCUAUGGUGGAGGAGAUGUUAAGGGAAUACGACAAUGUUUGCUCGUUAAGAUUAAGGAUGCCGAUAUCAUCAGAUCUAAGCAACAUGCGGAACUUUAUAACAAAGAUCACGCGUUACAGUAAGGUGGUGAACAUACCCAACAGUAUGAGUGUACUAGACGAGCUCCUACCGAUAUCAAUAGAGAUGGCUAAGAGGAAAUGCAAAGGGGUUUGGAACUUCACAAACCCAGGUAUUGUGAGCCACAAUGAGAUCCUGGAAUUGUACAAAGAAUACAUAGACCCUAAAUUCAAAUGGGUUAACUUUAACUUAGAAGAACAAGCCAAAGUGAUAAUAGCUCCAAGAAGCAACAAUGAGUUGGAUGCUUCUAAGCUCAAGAAAGAGUUCCCAGAGUUGUUGUCUAUAAAAGAUUCUAUUAUCAAGCAUGUCUUUGAACCCAACAAAAGAGUUAAAUGA